AGCUCUGGGCUUAUGAGAGGUUGUUGCCUGGUCGUCCUGUGAUUGCACGUGGAUUAGAGCGUGUAUGGCCGAGGGCACGCGCAUGGGCUGAGUCAGUAGAGGGCAGGAGGGUUAACCCUCACCAUCAUGUAUGCCAGUAUCUCAGGGAUUUUGAUAGUUUUGAUCCAGAGUGGGUGGCAGCCGUAUGCUCAUUUUUAUCAGCUAGAUGAUGUCGAUCAGGAGGAGGAUGCUGAUUUGUAUGUUGCUUGUCAUAUGGCUCUGGGUCGUAUCCCUAUGUUUGCUUUCGAGAUUGUUGAGUAUCAGAUGCCAGACAGGGUAUUGAGACAGUUUGGCAUUUUACAGCAUAUACUGGAGCGGCCUGUUGACAUGAGAUUUUUGUGGGCGGAGAGGAACUCCGCGUCACAGCGGGAUGAUCACAUUACUAGGCUGAGUGCAUAUAGAGAUGAGUGGGAUAGCUUCGUAUCUACGGGUAUGCCCAUUAUCACGGAGGGUGCUUAUGUACCUAUAUCGGAGUAUAUGCAUUGGUUUAGACUCCACAGCAAAUUGAGGAUUGUUUCGUGCCUAGCCCCUCCUCCUGAUAUCAUACAACCCCGUGAUUGGUUCCCGCAGCAGAGUAUGGUCGAUGAGUUAGAGAGUGCUAUGAGGAUGGCGCACGCCAUCCAUCUGCGGGGUGCCCCAGAGUGCCCCCAGAGUGGCUGUAUGAUUAUCAUAUACCCGACUUCUUGUCUCAUUAGGACCGGGUGUACACUGAGUGGAAGGGUAUGGCAUAUGAGAGACCGUCAUUUGUCAGGCAGCAGCCUCCCCUUUCUCAUACAGAGUUGCAUCCGCCUCCGCCUCCCCCACGUACUGAGUUGCCUCCCAUCCCACAGGCCCCAUCUCAUAUGGAGGUUGAUUCCAGUGCCCCUACUUCUUCCCUGCAGCCCACACUUCCGGCCUCUCACCAGAAGCAUCCACGUGAUGAUGACACCGAGGCUGACACGAGUGGUCCUCAGACUUCUAUCCAUGUGUCUCAUAAGCGUCCUCGUGUUGGUGCUGACAUUCAGGUCCCGGACCAGACUCGUCCCCCCGAGGAGACCCCGAUUGUUAUCUCCUCCCCGCCUACUACUCAGGUCCCGGACCAGACUCGUCCCCCCGAGGAGACCCCGAUUGUUAUCUCCUCCCCGCCUACUACUCAGGUCCCGGACCAGACUCGUCUUCUCGAGGAGACCCCGAUUUCUUUCGCUGAGGCUUUGCGGGACAAUUCUGAGAUGGAUACAUUAGAGGAUAGAAUGUUCGAUUCUCGAAGGCGGGGGAACAAGGAUAGAUCUGGUGAUAUGACGAGGCCCUUAAAAAAUCGAAAAAUUAGAUGGUUGUUCCGUGAAUG